AUGACAACUGCACCGCCGGUGCAUCAUCCUGGCCCCGAUAGUGGUAUACCCGGCCAUCUUGUCAACCAUCUUCCUCGCUAUCACCCUAUUGCCAUGAAUCCGAAUCCGCCUCCACACCAAAUGCCACCUCCGGAGCAGAUGGUGCAGAGCCAUCAUUUCCGUCAUUUUGCGCCGCCCAUGCAUGAACAUCAUCCUUCGCAAGGAGUGCCACCAGUACACAGUCCAGCUUCUUUGGAACAUAUUGAGGCUCGACUCCGGCAUCUAGAGCACGAGGAGAUGGCUCGGAAUGCAACCCGUAGUCGCAUUCUGGCAAUGCGCAAGCAUGAAGACGAGGAAUUUCGGUCAAUGACCGAGCGAGCCGAGGCAGAGGAAGAGGACCUUCGAAGACAACGCAAGAAGUUAAAGAGAGAGUCUAUGGGCCUGGGACUCAACGCGGCGAGUGACUCGCCGCCUCUACUGCAGCAACAACAUUGGCUUUCUUCAAGCAACAGAGCCCCCCGAGCCCCGUCAAGCACCUCUCCCACCUUCAUCUCAGGCACCCCCCUCAAUGGCACCACCUCACAUGCAUGCUCAACCUCAUGCUCAACCUCAUCAUCAAGCCCCCCGCCUCCCCCACCAUCUCAGCAUCCACACCCAAUGCUCUCCCAUGACUCAAUACACAGUGCGGGCUCCAUCCGCCGCAAGCAAAAAUACACUAUCAAAAAUGUAGAGGCGUGGGGCGAACGCCACGGCCGACCCGCAGCCCAUGACCCAUCAGGGCGAGCGUUGUGGAAGCGACCCUCCGACGGAAGCCUAGUAUAUCUCACCUGCCCGAUUCAUGGUUGUGGGAAAUCCGACUUCGUCACCCUCCAUGGCUUUAUGUGCCAUCUCACCAAGAAACACAAAGACCGCACACUGGGCAGCCAGUCCCGUGCCCUCGAAGUCUGCGGUGUAGUCUAUGACCCGAACGCUCCCCUCCCGCCGGUCAUGAACAGCCACCGUGCCUCAACAGAAGGAAGUCCGCUGGGGUCUAUUCCCAUGGACCACGAUGGCGACCAGCACUACGAUGACAUGGACUCCGAGUCCGAAGGCGAGCUCGAGGGCGAGAGCUCCUACCGAGUCAAAACCGAAGUUCUAGAUCGGUUCAUGCCCGAUGCCGAGGGUACUCCCAUCGACUCUGCUGCGGCAACACCUCCUAAGCACGCAAUCAACGGAUCAACCAAGCAGUCCAUCUCGUCUAUUAUCGACCGCACCCCGGAAACAGAUUCCCGAGAGGUGUUGGCCACACUCCCAACGUCAGAAUCGGGUAUCCAGGGUCCAUCCCCUACACCAACCGAGUCGUCUGUGCCGUCGAAGCGCAAAUACGAAUUCUCGCCGCCAGCUGCGGAAAAGGAAAACGCGGAGCCUUAG